GCAGCAGCGCGCUCACUACACACGCGAACCUGCUGAAGGCCGCUGAAGUCGCGCGUUGUAAAUUUUGUACAUAAGUUACUGAUAUUAUUUCGGGUGCACAUGAAUGGCCAGCUGCACAACUCGGAGCUGUUUAACCGAAUAACGAGUGGUAAAGAUCCGUAAAGCAACAGCGGCCAACAUCGUCUGAAUCGGUACACCAAGUGCUCUCCGCCUGCUCCCUCAAACCGAGGCUCGACGACUCCGCCGGGGACUGAUCAAGCCGACUGCACCGCAACAACGCGUACAAAAUGUGAACAGAAUUAGAGACAGACUUCUUUUUCUAAAGCUUUUUUUUGUAAAUAUAUUUUUUCAGUGGUUGUAAAUCAUAUGUUAUAGGCAGAAAGCCCAGUGUAAAUCUAUUGUAAUUAGGAAAAAGCUACAGGAAUAACAAGAAAUCCUAGCUAUCGGUCCUCAGCAGCUCGUUUUUUAAAUAAAUAUAUCUCUGGACCGACGAGCUACCAUGAUCCAUACGGGAUUUACUUGAAGGUAUUCACUCGAAAGAAAAACAGCAUCGUUUCCAAAAAGCUUGAGGAAAAAGUCCCAGUUUAGUGUGUGUUUCUGACGGUGGAUAUAAGGAAAAUUUAAGACAAUGGUGAGGAGGAAAGUGAAGAUAGAAACUAUUCUCUAACAGCUGUGGGCUCACCCUCCUGUUCCUACUGUAAAUCAACGUAUUAAAGGAGACCGGCAGGAACACAGAGGAGGAGAAGUGGGAGGGGGUCACCAGUUUGACCAAGGACGGCCUUCAAUCACCUGCAGAACUGGAAGAACUACCUGACAGUCGAGAAGGGUGAGUGGGGGACCCCAGUAAGAGAGAGAGACGGAGACUGACGGCGGAGCAAAGGUUUGGAGGAGGCGGAGGUCGAGGAGGAGUAGGAAAGGCCAUUCCCCAUGGCUACUGACCCAGGAGAGCCCACAGGCACCGAGGACUCCUCGGAGAAACCUGAUGGACAGAAGGAGGAGGACACAGAGCGGGAGGGCAGGGCUGACCGACAGAGGGAGAGGACACACAGCACCCCCGCCGACUUCCCCUCCUCCAGCACUCAGGAGAGGAAAGCAACAGGUGGAGAGGGCGGAGGAAACAGAGGAGGAGGGGAAGGCGGCCAGGAGGGCGAGGAGAACCCAGUUAGACAGAUUUCGUUCUCCAUGCCAUCGUUAUCAAGCGACACUGGCCAGAAACGUUUGAGGCGGGAGAAGCGCUUCUUCAGAAAGAGCGUGGAGAUUUGUGAGGAGGACGAUGAGGUGGAAGUGCCCCCAGAGGCGCCCCACAGUGCCCCCAACCUGGAGCUGCGCACCUCAGACUCUAUCUUCACCAGCAGUGCCCAGCAGCAAGGAGCUGCUUCCUCCUGUGCUGCCAUGGGCCACGACCUAACCUGCCCCAGCUCCAGCCAGGAGCCAGGCAAGGAUGCAUCCUCCUCCACACCCUCCCAGAGGGGGAAGGAGAGGGACCGUGAGCAAGAGGAGGAGGCCGAGAUGAAGGCUGUGGCCACCUCUCCUGGAGGCAGGUUCCUCAAGUUUGACAUUGAAUUGGGCAGAGGAGCCUUCAAAACGGUGUAUAAAGGCCUGGACACGGAAACCUGGGUGGAGGUGGCUUGGUGUGAACUCCAGGACCGCAAGCUGACUAAGGCGGAGCAGCAACGCUUCAAAGAGGAGGCCGAGAUGCUGAAGGGGCUCCAGCACCCCAACAUCGUCCGCUUCUAUGAUUCCUGGGAGUCUGCGCUCCGCGGCAAGAAGUGCAUCGUACUGGUCACUGAACUCAUGACUUCAGGAACACUUAAAACAUACCUGAAGCGCUUUAAGGUGAUGAAACCCAAAGUCCUGAGGAGCUGGUGUCGGCAAAUCCUAAAGGGCCUUCAUUUCCUCCACACAAGAACUCCUCCGAUAGUCCAUCGGGACCUCAAGUGUGACAACAUCUUCAUAACAGGCCCCACAGGCUCGGUCAAGAUAGGAGACCUGGGAUUGGCCACUCUUAUGCGCACCUCCUUUGCCAAGAGUGUCAUAGGAACUCCGGAGUUCAUGGCACCAGAGAUGUACGAGGAGCACUACGAUGAGUCUGUGGAUGUCUACGCCUUUGGGAUGUGCAUGCUGGAGAUGGCCACUUCAGAGUACCCCUACUCUGAGUGCCAGAAUGCCGCUCAGAUCUAUCGCAAAGUAACAAGUGGUAUAAAGCCAGCCAGCUUUGAUAAAGUGAAUGACCCAGAGAUCAAAGAGAUCAUUGAAUGCUGCAUUCGCCAAAAUAAGAGCCAGAGGCUCUCCAUCCGAGAUCUCCUGAACCACGCGUUCUUUGGGGAGGACACGGGGGUCCGGGUGGAACUGGCAGAAGAGGACUCCGGCACCCAGGACUGUCUGGCUCUCCGGAUAUGGGUUGAAGAUCCUAAGAAGCUAAAGGGGAAGCACAAAGACAACGAGGCCAUCGAGUUCAGCUAUGACCUGGAGAAUGACAGCGCUGAGGAAGUGGCUUUAGAGAUGGUAAAGUCAGGAUUCUUUCAUGAAAGUGAUGCCAAGGUGGUGGGUAAAUCCAUCCGGGAUCGAGUUAAUCUGAUCAAAAAGUCACGGGAGCGCCGACAGCAGCAGCUCUUCCAGCAGCAACAGGAGCUAGAAGAAAAACGAGACGCCGCCGUCACCUCCUGCAGCUUUUCCCAUCCAUCCUGCCCGGCCUCACUGGGGCCAGGGGCAGCUGCUCAGACCGGAGGAGGGCAGGAGUCAGAGGAACUACCUGAAGUGGACCAGCAUGUCAGGCAGCAACACAUUUUCAGUGGGACAUCCCUUAGUCUGCCAGGUGAGAGCAUUGGGUCCGCCAGCUGUGAAUCUUGUGCGAGUGUUCAGAGCCAGGCAUACUCCCUGCAAGGGGAAUCAUACACCCACACUCUGCCCCCUGCAGCGUCUAGUGGAGGUGUUCCCCAUGUGCCGAUUGGUCAGAGUGUUGGUUUAUCCAGCAUGUCCGUAGGCCAAAGUGGAGGCGGACUUGUCGGUCAGACGUUUCUUCAGCCCAGUACCAUGGUUCCACAGGUAUCACAAAGUGUCCCUCAACAAUAUUUUCAGUCACAAACAUUCCCAUCAGAUGCUUUUCAAACUGCCACUCCCCAUGGGACACUGGCCCCCUCACAGUCAUACAUACCUCCUGUUUCCCCACAAGCACCCAAUAAUGCUCUAACUACAUCCAUGUCAGUCAGUGAUCCUGCUGGACUAGCGGGGGCUGUUGUGCCCCUCGCUCAGCAGACCCAACCCUCUGCCACUCCCAUGCAGCUCACUGACAUCAUUCCCCAUGCGGCACCCCAGCAAACGCAGCCUGUCAUGAUCCCUCAGCACACUAUUGUCCAACAACAACAGAUAGCGAUGGAUCCCCAGACCUCCGCCCUUCAGCAGCAACCGCUACAGCAAAUGGAGGCCCAGGCCGCUCUGAUCGCUCAACAACAAGUUAGUGCAACGCAGCCACAAACGGAUUAUCAUCCACAGAGCCUUCCAGCUAUGGCUGUUCAACAUCAACAUGAACCCCCGCAGCAGAUACAUAUACAGCAGCCGGUCAAAACAGCUCCUCAGCAGCAGGUUUUACCUACACAUCAAGGUAUGGAGCAGAGAGCAAUGUCAUUACCACAGCCAGGGGAGCAACUUCAGACCUACACACAGCAGCCAACAGGGGAUCUGCGUGAACAGACCAUGAGUCAACCGCAAAUGCAACAACAGCUUCAGAAAACUCUGCUGCAUCAGCAACAAGCUUUACUGCUUGAGCAACAUCAAUCGUACGUCCAGCAACAGCUCGAUCAGCAACAUCAAAAUGCUUUGCUUCAACAGCAGCAGCAACAGCAGGCCCAACUACAACAACAUCAACUGGAGCAGCAGCAAGCACUUAUUCAGAAGCAACUGUUGGAUCAACAACAGCAGCAAGCUCUUAUUCAACAACACCAAGAGCAGCAUCAACAGCAAGGUGUUAUACAACAACAGCAACCACAACACAUACUUUUACAACAACAGUUAGAGCAGCAACAACAACAACCUCAAUUACAGCAGCAACAGAGUCAGGUUUAUCAACAACUUGUACAAAACCAAUCUGGAAUACAAAUGGAACCAGAGAAGCAACAUCAAAGUGGACAACAGCAGCAACAAAUCGUACUGCAGCAGCAACCACAGCAGGCUCAACAGCAACAGGAGCAAUUGCAGCAGCAAGCCUUACUCCGACAAAUUGAACAACAACAACAACAAGCACUAAUACAACAGCAUCUGCAACAGCAGGCUAUUUUACAACAUCAACAGCUACAGCAGAAGGCUCAGCUUCAGCAACGGCAACAUGAGCAGCAACAAGUGCAACUCAAACAGCAGAUAGAGCAGCAGCAGCAAGCUCUGUUGCAACAACAGUUGGAGCAACAGCGUCAGCAACAAUUCCUGUUGCAACAACAACAAGCGGAGAGAUUACAUCAACAGGCUCUGAUACAGCAACAAAUUCAAGAGCAGCAGCAGCAGCAAGCAACCAUCAUUCAACUCCAGCAAACUGAGAAACCAGAAGCUGUCUCUAUUCCUCAAAGCAACAGUGAGCAACAGAUUCAGAUGCAUCCAACCGAUAUGCAGCACGUAUGUAUCCCACAACUAAACGCCCCCCAGUUUACGUCUCAUACUGCUCUCACACAACAGCAAGCAGCAAUGAUCCAGCAGCAUCAAGCAUUUGUGGCCCAGCCUCAGCAUCACACUGCAGUAUUGGAAGCUAAUAUCUCGGUUGGAGCUCCAGCCACGGAGGUAAUCCAGCACCAGGCUCAAAUUGUCUCGCAGGCCCAGGUCCCCAUGGCCAUUCAGACUACGCACAUCCCUGUCCAGACACCUGCUGUCCAAGCUCAAGUCCUUACCCAGCAAGGACAAAUCGAGCCUCAUCCCCAGAACCAGGUACCAGUUCAAUUUAUCUCCCAGUCCACAGUACAAGCCUCUCAGGCUAGGAUUGAAGCCCAAGUACCUGCUCCUUCAGCAGUGAUCAAGGGACAGAAUCACGUCAUCCAGACCCAGCAGAUUCCUUUACACACUAGUUACCCAGGACCUGCCGCCCUCACACAGACCCAGGUAAUCCAGCCCCAACAGCCAACUGUGGACAUUCAGAUGAUGAGCCAACAGAGCCAAGCUACUAUCCAGCCUCCAGCUGUAAUGGCUUCAAUUCCCAGUCAGACCCAGCAUGAGACUUUUGUUCAACAAAAUGCUCAAAUGCCUGUGCUCAUGCAGCCUCAGCUUCAGCAACAAAAUCAAAGCCAGCCACCUUGCCAGACACAUGCUCAGGCCACGACUGCUGGCCUUUUGACCCAUCAGUAUUUCCCUCAGCUGACCCACCAAGCUGUGCCAUCUUUACAACAGGAUGUAACUCAUACUAAUACGCAGCAGAAGCAGCAGCAGCAGCAGCAGCAGCAGCAACAAGAGCCCAUACUGCUAUAUCAGCAGAUGAUUCGGUCUCCUAGCUCCGCUGGAAGUGUUGGACCUGCAAGUACUACUAGUCUCAGUUCCAUAGUUGACCCUUCAAACUUUGUCACCACUCCUCAUCCUGUGCAACAAAUGGGACAAGCCUAUACUGUUAUGGCUCAGCAGCAGCUCCCAGGAUGCAUGGCUGACCCUUCAGUCCUUCAGUCCAUCUCCCAGCCUCCUAUGCCUCAGUCUGCUGUGCAAUACGAGCAACAGCUACAGAAGCUUCCUCAAGUGCAGCAACCACUGGCUCCACCUCCUCCACAGGCUCAGUUACUGGCUCAGCCAAUCCCAACUCCCAUUCAGCAACCUCCUCCUAUAAAGCAGGCUGGGAUGCCCCUUGAUGAGAGUCUGCAGCCCCCACAGGGUCCACCAGCUUCACAUCUGGUGAGCCAUCUCUCUGCACAGGCGGGCCCCAGCAAUGUUUCAGAGCCCCAGUCCCUGCCCAUCUACAGUCAUCUCGUGGCAGGUGCCCCUCCGUCUCCGCAGCACCAAGCCAAGCAGAUGCUGCCAGCCCACACACACACACAAACCAGCUUUCAGGCCCAAAUACACUCCCAAACACAGACACACCUUCAGACACAGGCUCAUUCUCACACUCAAACACGCACCGGGAUACCUACUUCUGAACAGCCCGUUCUCCCCCAUGCUGUCUUUACUGCACAACAAACGCCCCUCAGCCCCUCUCAUACAUCAUGUCCCCCAACAUCUCUCCCUUUCCUGCCAUCCCACUCUCCUGCUGCUGCCCCUCUGCCAGAGCUGCCUACAUCUCCUCCAGCAGCCCAGGUAACCCUACCAGGGCAGGCCGACUUUAUACCCACCUCCCCUCCGCCUGUCACUACCCUACAAUCGCUUGACCCUAAUGCUCCCAAACUGCCCCCAGCCUCGCUGCAAGACCGUGACCUUACCCUGUUGGGCAUUGCUCAGGAUGGGCCAUACCUGUCAAGUACAGAACAUCAUUCUUCCUCAGGGUCUGUUCCAGCUAAUGGAGAAGAAACCCUUCAGCUCAUGGCCAAUGGGAAGUUAGAGAAGUUAAAGAUGCAAAGAAAAGCUUCCAGUCAGAAGUCUGAGAAAGUUUCACAUCAGUUUCAACUGAGCAUGCUCCAGGUGUCGGGCAGUGGGGACAAUAUGGUUGAAUGCCAGUUGGAAACCCAUACCAACAAGAUGGUUACAUUUAAAUUUGACAUUGAAGGGGAUGCUCCAGAGGACAUAGCAGAUUACAUGGUGGAGGAGGACUUUGUCCUUGAUUUAGAGAAAGAUACAUUUGUUGAUGAGCUUCGAGCCACAGUUAAGAGAGCUCAUGAAAUUCUUCAAACACAUUCACAGACUGGAUCGACCGACCAGUUGUUUGUGAGCACUCCAACUAGUUCUUCAAUGGAGGUAGUGCCCCAUUCCUCCCCAGUGGGACGCUGGCGCUUCUUUAUCAAUCAGACUAUUCGCCACAGAGACUCUCUAUCCGGGGCAGAUACACCGCUUACAUCUGAAGAGAUGAGGUCACCUUUGUCUCCUCAAACAGAGAGAGAAAGGGAAGGAUCCCACUUUCUGGAUUCCAUAACUGGACUGACCUCUCCCCACUGCCCCGCCCUUUCCGCCACCUCUCCUCCUGUCUCCACUGCCUCAGCCCCUGCCUCUAUUGCCCCCUCAGCCACUGCUGCGCUGGCUCCUCACCCCAAUGCCUCUGAAAGCAUCUCUGCACCAGCCUCCACUCUUAAAUCCUCUGUCCCUGUCACUGCUUCAGGUUGUUUUGAACGGCCAAUCCUAACCUCAGCUUCAGUUGAUCAAAUUGCCAGUGUUCCUUCAUCCUUAGCAAUACCUGCUGCCAACCCCCCCACAACCCCUAUUGUUGUGUCUCCCACACCCAUAACCAUUCUCCAAGAUGUCCUUGCUUCUCCUGGAAGCAGUGGUUGCUCCAUUGUAAGUCAAAGUAUGGGGGAUACUAUGCUAACUGCUACAAGGUCAUGUGUGCCGGCAGCGGACCAAUCUUCAACUUCUUUCAGCUCCCCUCCUCCUGUUGCAGCGGUGAACACUUCUGCGGUAAGCUUACUCGGCAUGGAGCAGCAGCAGACACUCAUUCAGGCGGCCCAGCAAGCCCAACAAAAACUACAGGCACAACUUCAGCCUGCGUUACAGCAGCAGGUACCGGUAGUCCAACAGCAACUGCAGGCAAUGCAGCUUGAACAACAGAUGCAGCAGGCAGCACCGCAGCAGCAUCCAGUGUAUCCAGAGCAAAUGCAGCUGCAGCAGUCGCUCCAGCAGCUACAACAUCAGCAACUAAUGCAGCAACAAAUACAGCUGACUGAUGUGCAGGUGUUGCCUCAGCCGGGUCAUACAGAGAUGUUACAACAGUCGAUGUCUCUGCAGCAGUUUCUGCCACCUAAUCCCCUACAGCAGACCCAACAAACCCUUCCUCAACAGCAAACACCCCAGUAUACCCAACAGGUGAUGCAACAGCCUCCGCUACAACAGCAGGUAAUGGCAACCCAAGCGGCUGCAUUGCCUCAACAGCAGGCUUCCAUUGAUCAACAGCAGCAGCUACACCUACAACAGACAGUGCACUUACAGCAACAGCACAUGGUGCAGCAGCAGCAGCAGCAGCAGCAGCAAAAACAGCAGAUGUUUAUGGGUGCUGUGGCUUCAAAUCCAGAUCAAGGCCAAAUGCUGCCCGUGUCAAUUAGUCAACAGUUUCUUCAACAACAGGCCCAGCAAAAUGUGAGCCCGAUACAACAAAAGCAGAUUCCACAACAAACACAAAUCCCUGCUGAGCUUUCAGACCAGCACAUACAGCAGCAGCACAUUGAGCAGCAACAAGAAGCGGUUAAAGCGGCGGACACACCGCAGGAGCAGCAACAGUUUUCCCUGCACAAGCAGUCCUCUUUACAGAUGUCAGAGUCAGAGGUGUCCACAGGAGAGACAAGUUUCACAGAAGACACCUGCAGCUACUUUACGCAUGUCCCCCCUUCCUCUGAAUCCUCUCUGCCGCCUCUCCACCUGAGCUCUGAUGCACCCGUACCCACACUCUCCCUCACAAUGACACCAUCUCCCGCUCAGCCUUCCUCUGUGGCUGAGUCAGACAGUGAAGGCCCCCCCAAAAUUGAGUUUGUAGACAACCGCAUAAAGACUCUGGAUGAGAAGCUGAGGAACUUGUUGUAUCAGGAGUACAGCAGCGGGGCAGCGCCAGCCUCUGGACCUACAUCAGCUGCCUCCACAUCAGCAGGAGGAGACGAGUUAUCUGAGCCACUGUCUCUCCACCACUCUUUCCCCCCACCUGUCUCCUCCUCAAAUACUUCUCCUCACUCAUCCUCCUCCUCUUCUACCUCCUCUACAACCUCCCGUUCCUCAUCCACCUCCCCUGACCCAGAUAGGGGUUGCAGAGGAGAGAAAGCUUCCUCAGAAGCACCUCACUUUGCAGAGAAAGGCCCAGUGGAGCAACAGCCUGGCCCAUCUCUCCCCUCCACCUCUGCCUCCUCCACCCCGCCCGCUUCUCUCCUUCCUGCCAAUCAGGAUGAGUCUGCCGGGCCCCAGCGUCCACCCGUACCAGGAGAACCAACCAUUCUUGCUGUACGCCCACACUCUGACACCAGUACCACUGGAGACGCAUCGUGGCCCCCCAAUCAGCACCCGAUCCCCCUCCGGCAUGGACAGCAGAAGCACAAUGCAGGAGGUGGAUAUUUUGGCCUAAACCUGACAUGUCCUAGUAUCAGAAAUCCUGUUAGCAAGAAAUCCUGGACUCGCAAAUUCAAAAACUGGGCGUGCAAACUGCGCCACUCCGCCAGCUUGUUCAAGAAGCCCAGAGUCCAGCAAGAAGGACGGUCCAGCAGUCAGGCAGUUAGAGAGGAGAAGGAGGCGCCACCCCUAAAUCCACCUCAUGCACGCAAAGGAAGAUUUCAGGUGACACCAGUUCCCCAGUCUUCUCCCCCGAAGGCUGCGUCAUCAGCUCAUGGUAGCAUGCACAGGAAAGUGGGACGCUUCUCUGUCACCCAAGCUGUGAGCACGAAGGAGGACAGGAACACCGACAGCUCCCCGGUGUCUCCUGACCUGGACAGGGAGAGGAGGAAAACUCGAGCAAAGGAGGGUGAGAGAGAUGAACAUAAGAGGACCCCAGCAAUGGCUCACCUGCCUCGAGGUCAUGGGCACAGCCACUCCCCACUGGGCAGCAGUGAUGACGAUGAUGAUAAUAAUGAGUGUGAAGUGGAGGAUGAAGACCUGAGAAAAGAACUACACAUGCUCAGAGAGAAGCACAUCAAAGAGGUAGUGUCCCUUCAGUCCCAGCAGAACAGAGAGCUGCAGGACCUGUACCAACAGCUGCGUUCCCUCAAAGACCAAAGGCUGAGUCUGCCUGCCUCCCUGUCCCGCACCCCUUCACUUCCUUCAGGACCUCCUGUCCUCUCUCCUCGUAGGCCCAGGCCAGCCAAAAUCAAGCUCCGACCGCGGCCUCACUCUCACAUGGAUAACAACGGAGUCCCACAUUCUGGGAUUCAGCAGUCAAGUAGUUUUUCAGGUGGUGAACAGACUAGACUGCCCCUUUACUGCAACACAGAGCACUGCACUUCACUGUCUGCCAAAAGAGAUCACAGCCCUCUUAGAAAAAGCACAUUCACAGAUGAAUUGCACAAACUUGUAGAUGAUUGGACGAAGGAGACGGUGGGCCCCGCUCCGCCCAAACCUUCACUUAAUCAAAUCAAACAGAUUCAGCAGGUGCAGGAGCUGGGAGGAUGGAGCCAGCCGACUGAGGUGGCUACCCCUGGUUGGUUUCCAGUGGCACCGCUGAAUCCCCAGGCAUCCCCCAGCCCUGCCGGCCUGCCCGGGGCAACCCCUCCUCAAUACACAGGUGGAGGAAGCCUCUCAACCCUGCACUCUCUGGGACCACCACCACAAUCGCACAUGGCCACAGGGCCAACGAUGCAACAAAGUUUACACCUCCAUCAGUCUCUCCCCCUACAGCAGGUGACCUAUCAGCAGUCCACACUCUGCCAGCAGCCCGGGAUGCAAACUCCCAUACAAUCCCAGUCUCUACCACAGACACAACCAAUCACCCAGCUGCCCCACUCAACACCUCAAAGCCAACCGCUGCUGCCUUCCCAAAAGCCCACAUCUCCAGUGUCCACGGCUGCACCUGUGCUGCCUGGCAGUGGCUCCACUGCACCAGCAGAUAGCACUACUGCUACUGGGGGGACAUUAUGCUCCUAUUCCUCACCCUCCUCAACCUCUUCCUCCUCUUGCUCUACUGCUGCUCUACCUUCCAGUGCCAAAAUUCACCCAACACCCCCAACCUCUACUCUUCCUCUGGGACAGAAAUGAAACCAGUGUGAGGUCAAUAUGAAGGUGCGAGAGAUGGAAACGCAAAGUGGAUCAGGACGUAAAGCAGAUCUCUUUGAAUUGUUAGUUGUGGGCGUGUAUGAGAGAGUAGUGACUGCAAUGUUUAUAUGGAUUCCAGGGUACUUCUGGAUGAGAUGGGGCGUGAAUGUGAGAGGUGAUAGAUUAUAGCAUGUACAGACAGAAGGCAACAUGGAACAGCUGUGUUUAUGAAUCAUGGUAUGUUUGGGUGUUGAGAUGUAUAAAUUCUUUAAUGUAUGAGUGUGUGCGUUUAUGAGUGUGUUUGAGUGUUUAUGGAUUAUCCAAGUACAUAUCCCUUAUGUCCUUUUACACAAAUUAACAUUCAUGUUUGUUUUAAAACCAACUCAGUUGAACACUUCCUAAGCAGAGGUAGAAAAUAUUUGACAAGGUGUUUUAAUUUGUCUUUGCUUACAGUGAAAGGACUAUCAAUUUUAAAAGUGCAAUUAGUAAUGGUCAUCUAAAUUGAUCAGCAUGUAUUGUAUGGAUUUGUCUGUAAGGCAUAACAUAUAUUUGUAGAAGCACAUGAUGAAAACCGGAUGCAUAUAGGAUCUUCUCAUGAUUAUUACAUAAAACUGCAGACCUAGAGCACAAGGUGAUUCAGUGGGCAACAAACAAAAAGGAAUAGCAUGUUAUACCGUAAAGCAUGGUGAAGUUAUCUUGCUACCAUCAUUACCAUAGUGCUGCCAAUAUACUAUUGCGGUGUUGUUCAAAGGUACAGCAUGUGCUUAAUUUGUUUUAGUUAAUGUCAAGCAGUUGUACCAUAGAAACACUCUAACUUACUAUGAGUGAUGUGAUAUAACUUCAGAUACAAUCAUAAUGUGAUGGCUAAUUGAAAUAUGACAUGUAUGUUCAGUGGCUACCUGGUUACACUCAGCCCAAGACGGCGUGUCCUUAUGACUAACAUGACUUGCCAGAAUGCAAAGUGCUUGCACUUGCUUUAUAUUCAUGAAUCUCACAUUUGCUUACUGUGAUCAUUCAAGCAAAGACAAUUUGCUUUCCUAUUUGACAUUUUUGCUUUCGGUUAAAGCUCCGCAUAUCAAGGUAUAUCACCGUCAUGCUGAGGAGGAAGAAGAUUAAAAAAAACGGCCAAGUUAUUAUAGACCGGGGAGACCAUAUGUGUUGUUCCCACAUUGCCUUUUAAAAUUACUGCAUUUUUUUGUGGGUGUGUGAGUGUAUAUUAUUUCUUUGUGACAAAGCUUGGUGAUAGUCCUUUGGUAUAUUGCAUUAAGAAUUUCAUCCCUGUUACUUUUCAUUUAAGGCAGCCCCUCAACUGUCACUGUACCCAACUAAAAGUGUUUACUAUGCCUAUUCUUUGGGCUUAAAAAAAACAAAAAACAAUUGAGAGGUUUGACAAAAUACCGGUCGUAAGCUUGAUGUCCAACAUCGUUGUCAGAUCCGCACUUUUACUUUUGUAUGCCGUUAGAUAAAUUCCUUGUUUCAGUUGGAAACAAUUUAGGUAAUGACCAUAGGCUGUCAGUGUGAAUGCAUCAUUCAGAAGCUGAACUGUGGGCCAUAAUUGUGCUUUUUUAAGCACACUGCAAAAGGUUUACCCAAGUCAAAACAUUUUCCAUUCCUCUACUUCUAAACUCUUUAUUUGUAGAUGUAGAGAUACACAGAGUAAUAUAUCAACAGUGGAUAUAUUACUAUACAUUUUAUUCGGUUAUCAGUGCUCUUAGCCAUACAAGCAUUUGACCAUUAAUGGUCAAGAAAUAAUACACUUUUUGGUAUAAUUAGUAGCCUGUAGUCAAAGCAACAUUUCUGUUGUAUUAAUGAUUGAGAGAUUGCGUGUCAAUGAAAACAGGAGAUCAUACCGGUUGUUAAAAGUUGCUCAAGUGAGCCAAAGAUAAUAAGUAAAAGAGUAUAAGAGUAGUUUGUGCUAAAGGGUGUGGUUGUUCAGAAACUGCAUACACUAGAAUAUAUUGAUUUUCUGUAUAUGUUGCUUUUCAAGACAUCCCAAACUGUCACAGAGAUGUAGUUUAUUCUUAGUGAAGGUGAGAUAAUGUGCUGUCAUGUCUGGUACUAACAUGUUGGCUGCAAGCUACAGCUUAAUGAUCAUGAUUCAUGAUGUAGAGCUGACUUUGUCCUUGAAGUGUUACCAAAAUGUUAUCUAAAAGAAAAAGAAUAUUUUUGUAUUUUGAAAUGGGGUUGUACAAAUUGUAAAAUUGUGUUCUCAUCAUUAUAAAUAUGAGGUUAUUUGAAAAUACUGGUUUUCAUCUAUGUUUACAUGGGACUCCCCUGCAUCGAUAUACCUCUGAGUUCAAGAUUGUAUUCAGAGAAUCUUUGGCAAUUUUUGACAUGUAAAUUCAGUUUUAAAUCAUGGACCACAAACCUUUUAGAUACUUAAAAAGAUGUUCCUGCUGAGCUGCAGGUUAUAUUUAAUGAACUUACAAAUGAAUGCAACAUAAAGCUGGGGAGUCCCAAAAUAACAUGACUGUGAACCAAUGAUGAAAGGAAAUUUGGGCAGUGAAACCUAAAAAAAUUAAGUAUGUUGCUGGUGAUUUAGCCUCUGUAAAUUGUAACUAAUUCUACUGUUGAUUUUAUUUAUGUUUUGUAACUAAUCAAAAUAAAUGAUGUUAAACAUCAAAGCACAA